AUGUGUCCGCCCUCGGCCAAUCGCAACGCGCGGUCCGCCCCGCCGGCGCCCCGGCCGCCAAUGGGGCCCGGACGUGAGCGGGGCGACGUCGGGGCGGCACCGGCACCGACGGCGGCACCGGCGGCACCGACAACGUCGGCGGGCGGCGGAGCCGGCGCGGGCGGCGGCGGGGCCGGUCCCGGCUCGGCCCGCGAGGGUUGGCUCUUCAAGUGGACCAACUACAUCAAGGGCUACCAGCGCCGCUGGUUCGUGCUCAGCAAUGGGCUGCUCAGCUACUACCGAUCCAAGGCGGAGAUGGGCCACACGUGCCGCGGCACCAUCAACCUGGCCACGGCCAACAUCACCGUGGAGGAUUCCUGCAAUUUCAUCAUCUCCAACGGCGGAGCCCAGACCUACCACCUCAAGGCCAGCUCCGAGGUGGAGCGGCAGCGCUGGGUCACCGCCCUUGAGCUCGCCAAGGCCAAGGCUGUCAAGAUGCUGGAGGAGUCAGACGACUCCGGUGACGAGUCGGUGUCGCAGACGGACAAGACGGAGCUGCAGAACACCCUGCGGGUUUUAUCCAGCAAAGUGGAGGACCUGAGCACCUGCAACGACCUGAUCGCCAAGCACGGCACGGCCCUGCAGCGCUCCCUCAGCGAGCUCGAGGCCCUGCGGCUCCCCCCGGAGAGCACGGACAAGAUCAAGCAGGUCAACGAGCGGGCCACGCUCUUCCGCAUCACCUCCAACGCCAUGAUCAACGCCUGCCGGGAUUUCAUGCUCCUGGCACAAACGCACGGGAAGAAGUGGCAGAAGUCGCUGCAGCAGGAGCGGGAUCAGCGGAUUCGGCUGGAGGAGACGCUGGAGCAGCUGGCCAAGCAGCACAACCACCUGGAAAGGGCUUUCCGGGGGGCCACGGUGCUCCCUGCCGGCACGGCCGGUGCUGGAGGCUCCAGCAAAGAUCUGUGCUGCCCUGCCAAAGGUGACCUGAGUGAUGAGGAUGACGACAACAAUGAGUUCUUUGAUGCCCCGGAGAUCUUCCCCAUGCCUGAUGUCAUGGGCCACAAGAGAACUGGGAGCAACAUCAGCGGCACCAGCAGCGACAUCAGCUUGGACGAUCAGUACAAGCACCAGGUCGAGGACACCAAGAAGGAGAAGAGAACACGCAUUCCCUACAAGCCCAACUACAGCCUCAACCUCUGGAGCAUCAUGAAGAACUGCAUUGGGAAGGAGCUGUCCAAGAUUCCCAUGCCAGUGAACUUCAACGAGCCGCUGUCCAUGCUGCAGCGGCUGACGGAGGACCUUGAGUACCACGAGCUGCUGGAUCGGGCGGCGCGGUGCGAGAGCUCCCUGGAGCAGCUGUGCUACGUGGCCGCUUUCACCGUGUCCUCCUACUCCACCACCGUCUUCCGCACCAGCAAACCCUUCAACCCGCUCCUGGGAGAGACCUUUGAGCUGGAUCGCCUGGAGGAGAGCGGAUACCGCUCCCUCUGCGAGCAGGUGAGCCACCACCCGCCGGCUGCCGCCCACCACGCCGACUCCAAGAACGGCUGGACGCUGCGCCAGGAAAUCAAAAUCACCAGCAAAUUCCGAGGGAAAUACCUCUCCAUCAUGCCUCUGGGCACCAUCCACUGCGUCUUUCACUCCUCUGGCAACCACUACACGUGGAAAAAGGUGACGACCACCGUGCACAACAUCAUCGUGGGGAAGCUCUGGAUAGACCAGUCAGGUGAGAUCGAGAUCGUCAACCACAAGACAGGGGACAAGUGCAUCCUCAAGUUCGUCCCUUACAGCUACUUCUCCCGGGAUGUGGCGAGGAAGGUGACUGGCGAGGUGAUGGACCCUUCCGGAAAGGUGCAUUUCGUGCUGCUGGGCACGUGGGACGAGAAGAUGGAUUGCUACAAGGUCCAGCUGGGAACAGGGGACAACGGAGCUGAGGCGCGGCCACGAGCCCACGAGGCCGAGGACAGCCGGGUGCUGCUGUGGAAGCGCAACCCGCUGCCGAAGUACGCCGAGAACAUGUACUACUUCUCGGAGCUGGCGCUGACCCUGAACGCGCCGGAGAACGGGACGGCCCCCACGGACAGCCGGCGGCGCCCGGACCAGCGCCUCAUGGAGAACGGGAGGUGGGACGAGGCCAACGCCGAGAAGCAGCGGCUGGAGGAGAAACAGCGGCUCUCCCGCAAGCGCCGCGAGGCCGAGGCCGCCCGCGCCACCGAGGACGGGACGCCCUACGAUCCCUACAAGCCGCUGUGGUUCGAGCGGAAGAAGGACCCGGUGACCCAGGAGCUGGCGCACGUCUACAAGGGGGGCUACUGGGAGAGCAAGGAGAAGCAGGACUGGAGCUCGUGCCCAGAUAUUUUCUGAGCACGGCGAGGAGGAGGAGGAGCGGCGGGGCUGGGGGGAGGGAGGGAUGAAGGCCAGGAUCCCCCCCCGUCCGUCCGUCUGUCUUAACCGCGUGUCCCCGCGCCUCGCCGUGAGCGCCGGCCGGGCUUUGCCUUAGCCCACCCGAACUGACCUUGGGGAGCAGGAGCCAACACAGCCCCCUGCCCAAAUCCGUGCUGGAGCAGGGGGGGUCCGUUCGUCCCACCCACCUCCUCGGCACCCUGGGGUGGGGGCACGGCCGCCCCUGGGGUGGGGGGCCCCGGGGAAGGCGCUGCGGGGCGAGCCCAAGGCUGGCCUUGGUCUCCCCCCCUCCCCUUUUAUUCCCGUUCCCCUUCGCCCCCAGGAGUUUGGGUGCUUUUGGGGUCCGCAGGGGGGCCAGACUCCGCCCCCAGCCUGUUCUAUAGGUGUAUAUUAUAUAUAUGUAGAGAGCAAUCGGGGCCCCCUUCUCCCCUGCAGCCCCCAGUCCGGGGGGUCCCCACCCUCCCCGGGGUGGCCCCCACAUGUGGGGACCCCCCAUGAGGUGCCUUCCCUGUAGGUUUAGGGCAGGGGGAGGCCUGGGUUUUGGGGGGUCCCUCCAGGGUGCAGUGGGACCCCUGCACCCCCAGACACUACAGGGGUGGGGAGAUGCGCCAUGGGAGGAGUCUCUGCACCCCCGAACCUGAAAUUGGGGGCGUUUGAUGCCUUUUUUUUUUUU